ACAAGAAUUGUUGAUUGGAAAAUGACUAAAAUACUAGAUUUUUCUAAAAUUAUUGAGUACUACACAAAUACUUUAACUAAUUAUCGAACAACAGUCUUCUUAUUGGCAUAAACAGUUUUUAUACCUUUCAGUGUAUAGAGUUUUAUUUGACAUAAAGUCGCACAAUCGGCAGAUAUGGCUUUUGCAUAAAUUUAUUUUUUUUAUUUUACAAAAUUUAACACUGGCAGUUUAUCUGUCAGUGUCAUGCAUGGUUUAAGAAAAGCUUGUUUAGAGGAAGAAAGUGGCUUCGUUUUGUAAUCUUUUAAAGUCUUGCCAGGUGAACAAGGAUACCUGGCAAAGUUCAAACAUGGAAGAUCCUAAUAGUGAAGUGAUUGAAAUCAUUCCAAUGGAUGAAUAUGACGUGCAUAAGGCAAAAGCCCAAGCCUCUUUGUCAUGGAUUUUGUGUAAAGCAUACCAAGAUAAGGUGCCAGCGGAAUUCCAGGAACCAUUCUACAGUACUGCAGAGGGAGCAUGGCAAAUCAAACCUCGGUUGGGUAACCUCCUGGCAAGCAGUGAAUUGUACUGUCAGGCAUGCCGUACAAUGUUUGGAGAAAAUGCUUCACAAUGGACAGGUAUUCCUUUUCUUAUGCUAUCUAAUGUUAUUAAUAUCUGUAAUAUGAAUUUAGAUCAGACAUGAUCAGUUCAGUUCAGGUUGUUUAAGCACAUGUACAGUACACUUGCAGCGGACUUGAAUCCACAAUCACACAUGCAUUAUCCAUGUUGGGCAUCAAACUGUCAAACUGUAUACUAAUAUAGUCAAGUAUUAAUGAAACUGAAUUUUACUUCACAUGUACAGUCAGGCUUGUAACUGUUUUAAGUUAUGUAACCUAUUUCAGUUACUUUUUCAACAUAAUUCAAGCAUUUUAUAACCUGUAUUAGUUAUAAAAUAUAGUUAACUCAGGUAAGUUAUUCAAAAAAAGUAUUUUAAAUUUGCUGUUCUCACAAAGUGACCUUUAAAGUGAAAUUAGUAGCAAACUGUGGUUAAUCCAUUUCUCUUUUAGUCUGAUGCAUAAUGGGAUGUUAAGAGUUCUUUUGCAUAAAACUUUAUCAGCCUUGCGUAAAUUUUUUUAUUGAAUACCGUAUUUUGGUGUGUAUAGAUCGCGGUAAUGUAUAGUCCGCAUCUAAUUUCUGCUCUGGAAAUGGUCGGAAAAUUUAAGUGCUAGGGUAUUAGUCGCAGUUAAAUUUC